CUACUCAGAAACACUGAUAGGAAAGUAGAAAGAUGAGUCAGGAGCAACCAGGGAGGACGCAGGAAGUUGAAGGACAGGAUAAAGAACCGAUAAAAUAUGGGGAUGUAUUUCCAGUUUCCGGCGAGCUAGCUGACAAACCGGUGGCUCCACAAGAUGCCGCCAUGAUGCAAGCGGCGGAGAUCACGGUGUUUGGACAAACACAGAAGGGUGGCACCGCCGCUUCCAUGCAGGCUGCUGCUACCAUCAACGAGAGAGCAGGUUUAGUCGGUCACGAAGAUCAGACCGUAGCUGGUGAUCAAGGAGUUACUGUCACAGCCACCGAGAUUCCCGGUGCACGUGUCGUCACUGAAGCCAUCGCCGGCGAGGUGUUGGGGCAGUAUGUGGAGGCUACACCGCUACUCCAGCGGGGUGGUGGGGUUGGAGACGUGCACCAUCAUGGUGUUAUAACAAUCGGAGAAGCACUCGAAGCUACGGCGAGGACGGCCGGAAAUAAGCCGGUGGAGCAAAGUGAUGCUUCCGCCAUCCAAGCGGCGGAGGUCAGGGCUACCGGUAGUAAUGUGUUGGUUCCCGGUGGACUUGCAGCUCAAGCUCAAUCAGCGGCCACUUUGAAUACGUCUACACGAGAAGAAGAUAAAGUCAAACUUGGUGAAGUUCUAACGGAUGCGACGGUGAAACUUCCGGCGGAUAAAGCGGCGACAAGAGAAGAUGCCGAGGGUGUAUUCAGCGCAGAGAGGCGGAACAACCCAAAUUUGACGGCCUACCCCGCCGGAGUGGCUGCUGCCGUUGCAGCUGCUGCUAAUCUAAAUGAGAAAGGCCUAGUCAGCUAGUUUAAGCAAAGACCAAAAAGAGAAUAUAUAUAUAUAUAUAUAUAUAUAUAUAUAUGUAUAGGUUGUAUAAACAUAUAUAUAUAUAUAUAUAUAUAUAUAUAUGUAUCUAUGUAUGUGUAUAUUAGCAGGUUGAUGAAGAAAGGAUAUAUAAUGGCCAAUAAAUUAUAUAUGUCGUUUUGCUUUUGAUAUACGAACAUAUAUCAUGUCCGGUAAUUACAGAAAUCAAUAGAAGUUGACUUUUUAAAUAUCUAUUGGAAGAUUGUCGGU